CGUCGGUUUGUUCGCUCUUGGCUUGUGGAGAAAAUGAAAAUUGAUUUUGCGCCUUUGGACGUGCCCCUUGACAGGAGGCUGCAGACCACCACCAUGGUGCUGUGGGUCUUCUCCUUCCUCGCCAUGGCGCCCGCCUGCAUCAUCCUUUUCUUAUCCCUGCUGUUCACUCGGUUCUGGCUCCUCAGCGUGCUCUAUGCCACCUGGUGGUACUAUGACUAUGACACACCUGCACGUGGAGGCCGCAGGGUGCCCUUCAUAUGUGGCCUCAAACUUUGGGACUACAUGCGGCAGUACUUCCCCAUCAAGCUUGUGAAGACAGCUGACUUGGACCCCAGACACAACUACAUCCUGGGCUUCCAUCCUCAUGGCGUGCUGGUGGCAGGAGCCUUUACCAACUUCUGCACCUAUGCUACGGGCUUCAAGGAGAUGUUUCCAGGCCUUACCAGCUACCUGCUCAUGUUGCCUCUGUGGUUCAGAGCUCCAUUCUUCAGAGACUACAUCAUGUGUGCUGGUCUGAUUCCGUCUGACAAAGAAAGUGCCAGUUAUCCACUCCGCCAAAAGCGUGGCGGCAGUGCUGUUGUGAUAGCUGUUGGUGGAGCUCCAGAGGCCCUUGAUGCCCACCCUGGUACCUUCAACGUGCUGUUGGCCAAAAAGAAAGGCUUUAUCAAAAUGGCCAUGGAACACGGAGCUCACCUGGUGCCAGUUUAUUCCUUUGGAGAGAAUGAAGUUUAUGAUCAAGUGGAAAACCCAAGAGGAACCUGGCUCAGGUGGACACAGGAACGGCUGCAAUGCAUCAUGGGUAUCUCACUGCCUCUGUUCCAUGCGCGUGGCAUUUUCCAGUACUCCUUUGGUCUCAUGCCCUACAGAAGACCUAUCCAUACUAUAGUUGGCCGGCCCAUACGAGUGGUGAAGAAAGAGAAGCCAACCGCCGAGGAACUUGAUGCCCUCCACCAGCUGUACAUGGAUGAACUCAGCAACUUGUUUGAGGAACAUAAAGGCAACUAUGGUGUGGACAAAGACACACACCUGAACUUUGUCUGAGCUUGAUUUUGGACGAA